AUGGCCAACAACACAGCUGGCCAUGGGAAAUGCCAGCUUACAUUCCUUUUCGAUUUCGAAACAGAACUUGGUAAGGGCCUCAGGGGUUUCUUGUACUUUCUGGCUCUUGGCUACUGUUUCGUUGGGCUGUCGGCCAUAACCGAUCGAUUUUUCCGGUCGAUGGAAACCGUGGUCAAGCAUAGCCGAGCUGUAGAAGUGAUUGAUCCCAGUACUAAAACCAAAGUCAUUAAGCAUGUGAAAGUAUGGAAUUAUACAAUUGCUGACAUCACCUUGCUUGCUUUCGGGACUAGCUUCCCACAGAUUUCGUUAGCCACGAUCGAUGCAAUAAGGAAUAUCGGAAGCUUGUAUGCCGGAGGUUUGGGCCCGGGAACACUCGUGGGCUCAGCUGCAUUUGAUCUAUUUCCGAUACAUGCAGUCUGUGUUGUUGUUCCUAAAAAUGGAGAACUCAAGAAGAUAUCUGAUAUUGGGGUUUGGCUUGUGGAGCUGUUUUGGUCAUUUUGGGCCUAUAUCUGGCUGUACAUUAUAUUAGAGGUGUGGACGCCAAAUGUCAUUACACUUUGGGAAGCCUUUUUCACGGUGUUGCAGUUUGGUAUGCUGCUUACUCAUGCUUAUGCUCAAGAUAAACGUUGGCCAUACGUGUCUCUCCCAUUGAAGAGAGAUGAAAGGCCGGAGGACUGGGUACCAGCAGAAACUGGCAAUAGGAUUCGUGAUAAGUAUUCCGAAUUAAUCGAAAUUGAUCCGGAUAGAAGCAGGGAUAUUGUCGACAUUUUCUCAAUCCAUUCUGGUAAUGCAGAACAAUCUUGUGAAGACUCGACUGCACAGGAAGUUGAUCUGCCGUCAAUCUGGAAACAGCAGUUUAUUCAUGCUCUCACGUUAAAGAGGCGACAAUCAGGCAAUAAAUUAUUACGUGUGGCAAAAGCCUUUUAUGAAUUGCUCUGUGCACCCUGGAGACUACUCUUUGCCUUUGUACCUCCGUAUCAAAUAGCUCAUGGAUGGAUAGCUUUCAUUUUCUCAUUAGCUUUCAUAAGCGGGAUAGCUUUCGUUGUCACCAAGCUCACGGAUCUAAUCAGCUGUGUUACAGGUAUUAAUCCGUAUGUGAUAGCAUUCACGGCUUUAGCUGCUGGAACAUCAUGGCCCGAUUUAGUGGCCAGCAAGAUUGCAGCCGAAAGGCAGCUGACAGCAGAUUCUGCUAUAGCUAACAUCACUUGCAGCAACUCGGUGAAUAUAUACAUUGGCAUUGGGGUGCCAUGGCUGAUCGACACGUUAUACAACUUCAUAGCGUACAAGAAGCCGUUGAGGAUAGAGAAUGCAAGGGGACUCAGCUUCUCGUUGCUCAUGUUUUUUGCCACAUCAGUUGGGUGCAUUGGGGUUUUGGUCCUCAGACGAUGCACGUUAGGAGGCGAGCUUGGAGGCCCAAAAGCUUGGGCAUGGGUUACUUGUGUUUUCUUCAUGCUCCUAUGGCUUAUCUUUGUCAUCUUGUCGUCUUUACGAGUUUCUCAUGUUAUUUGA